AUGUCUAACUUAACUGAAUUGACUACUAAUUUAAAAACUGCUUUAGAUUUAAAUAAUUUUAUCGCUUGCGAAGAAUUGUUACCAUCAAUCAAACUUGAAUUAAUUAAACAUGGGUUAUUAGUUCCGGAUUUACACAAGGCUAAGGAUAAUAUAUCGUAUGCCAAUGAUUUAAUUAUAAGUAGAAGUAUUAUAGAGACUGGUGCCCUGGCAAGUGUCAAUUUAGGUAAGUUUGAAGCUUUUGAAAAUUAUUUUUCACAAUUGAGGCCUUUUUAUUUUAGUACAGAUAUUACUGCUUUAAACACCUCUACAUACAAAAACAAGUUAAUAAGCUUAUAUUUGUUGUAUUUGCUAUCUAAACGCGAUAUAACACGAUUUCAUGAAGAGAUAGAAUAUCUAAGCAAGAGAAUCACCAAUAUGGAGGAUGAUGAGUAUUUAUCUUAUCCAAUAAAAGUUGAAAAGUGGUUAAUGGAGGGGAAUUAUCAGAAAGCUAGAAAUUUGCUAUUAUUAAGUGAAAAUAAUGGAUCUAGCAGUGAAAGUGGCUUUGGAAAUUUGAAAGAGUACGUUUUAUUCACCGAUAUUUUAUUAGAAGCUAUUAGAGAAGAAAUCGCACACAAUACUGAAAUGGCUUAUGACAAAUUAUCAUUAUCAGCAACCAAAACUUUAUUAUUUUUUGAGAAUGAAAAGGAAGUGGAACAAUUUGCGCUUGAUUUGAAUUGGAAGAUAUCAAAGGGUAUGAUUUAUUUUAAAGAAGAUAAUAAAGAAUUUAAAAAUGACGAACAUGACGAUAAGAUGGUAAUUAAUAAUGUAUUAGAUUAUGCCAUUAAUCUAGAAACCAUUGUUUAA